CUGCAAGUCAAAGGGAAAGAGUAGUUUGUUUGGUUAGGACCAGCCGUUGUUUGAUGAUAACAACAAAUGCAGACAAAUCUGUCGAACCAUUGAGGACAAGUAUAAAAAAACAGAAUCUGUCCCUCCUACUCAACAGCAACUCUCUGCUAUUCCUCUUUUCUUGAUCCUCAUUAUUCUUAUCUUUCUAUCACUCUACUUUUUUUGUACCUAAAAAUGGAUCAAAAUCUCCAUCAUCAACACAAACUCAUGCACCAAUGUUGCAGCCAUGAAGAAGAGGUUAAUAGUAUGGAGUGGGAAUUCAUUAGAAUGAGCAAGCAAGAAGAAGAUCUUAUUUACAGGAUGCACAAACUUGUUGGAGACAGGUGGGGGCUUAUAGCAGGUAGAAUACCAGGAAGAACAGCAGAAGAAAUAGAAAGGUUUUGGAUAAUGAGACACAGUGAUGGGUUUGCACACAAGAGAAGACAAACAAUUAAGAAAAGUCUACCACCUACAUAAUUAUUAUCCUUCUUUUUCUCCAAAAAAAAAAAACUUUUUGAGGAAAGCAGAUUAUCUUUUUCCUCCUCAUCCUUUCUUUUCCAUUUUGUUUGGGGGACCAAGCUACUGAUCAUUUUAUCAUUUUCUUGUCUAUGUACUUCUACUUUUAGAUUUGAGAUUAUAUCUUAUGCCUUUUUGGUUUACUUGUUAUGUUUAUGUGUGCAAUAUAUAUGUAAUCAUAUUAUCUUAGCUUUA